AUGGGUCUCGGACGCCCCAUUCACGCUCAACGGAAAAAACAUAUCCAAAUGCACCAGCUACGUUUAUCUGGGUCGGGAAUUGAACAUGGUGAACGACCUGACCCCCGAGCUGGGCAGGAGGAGACGAACCGCUUGGGGAGCGUACAAGAGCAUCGAGGAUGUAGUGAAGAAGAUCAGGAACACCCGGCUCCGUGCUCACCUCUUCAACUCUUACUACUUCUGUGGUUGACCUAUGCUUUGGAAACCUGGGGAUUUCACAAGCAGGAAGAAAAUGUGGUGGGCGUCAUUGAACGCGCAAUUGAAAGAGUGAUGCUAGGAGUAUCUCGUUUCACGCAAUUGAGGGACGGGAUCCGAAGCUCUCCUCUACGUCAGCGUUCGAAGAUUAGAUACGCCGCCGCGUUUGCCAAGGAAAGUAGAAUAAGGUGGGCCGGACACGUGAUGCGCUUUAACGGCAAUCGUUGGACCGGAGUCGUGAGCGACUGGAUUCUCCGCGAUAUUAGGCGCACUACAGGAAGAUCGCUUACCCUAUAG